UGCCCGUCACACUCACUCACUCCAGCAGCAGCAGCGGCGGCGGCGACGGCAGCAGCUCCAUGUCGGGAGAAGGUUGCGUCCAGCGGCAGCAACAGCCCUUGCGAAAAAGCAGGAGCCGGCGGAGACAGCGGCUGCUACCCCCCUCCGGCGGGGAGCUGGGCGUGCAGCAUCUCGCAGGACCGGCGCUCAUCUGCGCGCAGCCCUCCCCCUCCGCUCCCCCCCGCCCCGCUCCCGCCUGCCGAGCGCUCUCCCGGGGUAAGUCCGGAGCGGAGCGGGAGCCGGGGCUGCCCGGCAGGAGCGCUGCCCGCAGCCCGCGCUCCGGGAGCCGGGGGAGGCGGCAGCGCCCCGCCGCCCCUCUGCAGUACCCAGAGGAGGGAGGCGGCGGGGUGCCGGGGAGAGCGCAGCGUGUGCGGGCUGCCUUCUCCUCUGGCCGGCCGUGCGCCGCUCCGGUGGGCGAGCGGAGGGCGCGGGCGGCCGCCCGGGCCGGCGCCCAUCGCCCGCUGCAGCCCGAGGCGGCGCUGCGGCCGCCGGGCCGAGCCCGGGGCUCCCGCAGGGGCUCCCGGAGCCGCCGUGCCGGGGAAGGAAGGCGAGGGGUCGGGCUGUGGGGGGCACGGCUGCGGUUCCCCGGGGCAGGGACCGGAACGCUGA